AGAGCACCGCUUCUUUUUUUUAAGUUGGUUAAAAACAAAGCUCUGUGGGGCCUGAAAUCCAAAACCAAAUGUAAUUGUCAAAGUGACAGCAAAACAGACGCAGCUUGAGUGUUAAUAUUUUUUAAAAACAAUGUUUUUUAUGUAGUAAAAUUAUCACAACUCACAACCGUUAUCGCCUACAUAAUAAUUGUACUGAAUAGUUUUUAUAUUUGUGAUACAAUGACUUCCUUAUUACUACUAAAAUCAAUGUUAUUCGCAAGUGUUCUGCAAAAAAAUAAAAAGAAAAAGAAAAUAAAAACUAAAAAAUUGAAUCUAAUACAAGAAAUCGACAUAAAAAUGUGCAGAAUAUGCAAUGCAAGUAAAGGAGAGAUUUCAAUUUUUGAUAACUUAGCACAUCCUAACAUAUCAGAAGACAUUAAACAUUUUUCCGGUGUAUCUAUAAGUAAAACUGACCACUUACCUAAACAUAUAUGUCAGAACUGUCUCAAUUUAUUGAACGGUUGUAUUUUGUUCAGGGAUAUGUGCCAAUCUAAUAACAAAAUGUUAAUUGAACUUUCGAUUAAGAAAGAGUCAGAAAUAAAUAACAGUGAAGUAAGUACAAAAUUUACACAAGAAAGUGACGAUUCAUACAACAUUCCAUCUCCGACAUUUUCAGAAGACAAUUCUGAGACCUGGGGAUGCACCACAUGUAAUAAAGAAUUUUUUGACAUGGUCUCGUAUAAUACUCAUUUAAAAAGUUGCAAUAAAACAAUAUCAGAAGGGCCGAAAGAACAAUCAGAAGAUGGUCACAAAAAGACAUUUCUAUGUGAUAUCUGCGGAAAGACUGCUCGUUCAAAUGCCAAUCUCCUUGUUCACAUGGGUAUCCAUGAAAACAUAUUCCCUUUCAAAUGCGACCAGUGUCCAUACCAAGGCCGUACAAUGGAUCUGUUAAAAGUGCACAAACGUACACACUUGGCGGAUAAGCCUUUCAAAUGCACUCAGUGUCCGAAAUCUACCACUACUUCGAGUAACCUCGCGAAGCAUAUGCGACACGUACAUAGUACUACUAGGCCAUAUAAGUGCUCUUACUGUGAUAAGGCUUUUUCAUACCAACAUGACAUGAAAAGGCACAUUCGAGACAUACAUUUAAGGCAAGGCACGGUUGAAUGUGAUGUGUGUUUCAAGAAGUUUAAUACCAAGAAGAUAUUACAAGGUCACCGAUGGAAAAUUCAUAAAAUAAAAGGCGAACGACAUGGAAGGUUGCCUUCUUAUCUGCAAUGUCAAUUAGGAGAUGACAACGAAAAUAAAUCUAGCGAUAAUGAACCGAUCGUAUAUCGAUAACUUAAAUUUACACUAAUUUAUAAUCAUCAAUAAGGGGUCGUCCAGAAAAUACGUUCGCAAAUAAGGGAAUAGGGAAGCUUUGCUUAGUGUGGCAAGAUAUAAAAAAUAAUAAUAAAAAUCUUUAUUGAACAAAAAGUGAUGUACAGACAUUUGAGUUUCGCAUAAAAUUGCACACUCGUACUUAUUCAAUGCGUACUGGCGUCUGAAUUAGGCCUAGCCUGUGUCUCAGACGCUAGUCCUUUCCGAUUACGUAUGUAGGAUUAUGUAGGUACAAGUUUAAAGGAUAUGACAUAAGAGUGACAUUCUUAGUUCUUAUUUUUUUUUUUUUGUAACUUGACAGUUUUUUAAGGCCGAUGGUUGUCAUGGAGUAAUUCACAGUUUCAUACAAACUUAGAAUAU